CAUUGAAGUCUCUUGGAAGCAGGUGUCAGUUUUCCCCCCUGAAGGGAGCCAUAUUUCUGGAUUCUCAGGUUGGCUUCUGGUCUUCUGUUAGGCAGAGCUGGAUUUGUGGCCAGCUCCAGAAUCUCUCCUUGAUAGCAAGGUUGUGCCCUGGGAUGUGAUAAAACUGCCUCUGGACAUGUGUUGAGUUCCUUUCGAGAAGACACACUGCAAACCUCCCCAUUGCUAGGAUUGCUGGUAGAUCUCCCAGGCCAUGUCUUCCAGACAUUGAGUCAUAACAUCUUUCUUCUGACCUUCUGAACUGAGAGGAUUGUGGCAUACAGGACCAGACUAAGACCUGGGAGACAAGUGUUCAAAUCCCCACUAAGCCAUGAAAUUCACUGAGUGACGUUGGACUGGUCACUGCCUGACACACUAAAUUACUACACAAGGUUGUUGUGAGGAUUAAAUGAGGAGAGUGAGAACCAUGUACACCACCUUGAGCUCCUUGAAGAAAAAGAGGGGCAAUUUAUUUAUUUAUUGCAUUUAUAUCCUGCCUUUCCUCCAUCAUGAAACCCGAGACAGCGUACAUGUGAGAGCCAAUGGGGUGUAGUGGUUAGAGUGUUAUACUAGGAUCUGGGAGACCAGGGUUCAAAUGCUCACUCGGUCAUGUAGCUCACUGGGUAACUUUGGGUCAGUCACUCACUCUAAGCUUAGCCAACCUCACAGAGUUGUUGGAAGGCUAAAAUGGGGAGGAAAAGAACGAUGUAGGCCACCUUGAGUUCUUUGGAGGAAAGGUGGACUAUAAAAAUGAUAGACAGACAGACAGAUGUGGUCCCCAGUUGCUCUCCAAUCCAGGUACUGAUCCAGACCUGUUUAGCUUUAGCAACGUGGUGGCCUCACAUGCCUUCAGACAAUUUCUGUUGGGAAGCUAGAUCUAGUAUCCUGGCUCUGCUGUGCUUGCCAUCUCCAGGGACCGUUUUCUUCUUUCUUGCAGGAACUUUCCCUCUUUCCAUGAGUGAUGAAGAUAUAAUCUGUAAGAGUCGGUGCCUCAUUAACUGCUCAAAAGGAUACUACCACACCUCUGGCAACUGCCUCGAGUGCCCUGUUGGAUUCUUCUGCCCAGGAGGUCAGAUAGCUCCACGCUUAUGCCCCAUAGGAACCUAUAAUCAACUUACAGCUCAGGAAGAUAUUGCAUCCUGCCAGGCCUGCCCAGAUGGUUACAUCAGCUUGGGCACCCGAGUUGGGUGCCAGGUUUGUCCAGAUGGCUACCGGUGUGAUCCACAGAUGGGUCUACAGCGAAAGUGCAUCCCUGGUCAGUAUUCGCCUGCUGGAGAGAUGGAGUGUCAGGAAUGCCCCAAAGGAUAUGUCUGCCCCGAUGGACAGGAGAUACAGCAUUGCCCAGGUGGCCACGAGCCCAAUCCCAGCCAUACCUUUUGCAGAGCCUGCUUCCCUGGCUUUUUCUCUACGGAAGGAAGUCCAGAGUGCCAGCCUUGUCCAACAGGAUAUUCCUGUCCUCAUGCCGGCACCAUUCAGCCCCUCCCCUGUCCCCCUGGCUCUUGGGACCCAACUCCCAGGCAGACUGAGAGUCCAAAGUGUAAUGGAAGUGCCUGCUCUACAGAUGGCCUGGGUGAGGUGCAUCAGGCCCAGGAAUCCACUCGCUCUGCUGGAGCCCUUCAGUGCCAGCUCUGCCCUUCAGGCCACCUCUGUGCUGAUGAUCUCAUGACAGCUCCAUGCCCCGCAGGAAGCUUUGAGCCCAAGGAACGUUUCCUGAGGCCCAGCGAUGGCUCUUCUUCAUACUUUUCAGGAGUCAAACAGUGCCUGAAGUGCCCUGCGGGAUAUUUCUGCCCAAAUGGAGCCAAUUUUCCAAGCCCAUGCCCUUCGGGGACCCACAAUCCUCUCCAGGGGCAAGAUGAAUCUGCAGACUGCAGGCCUUGCCCUGCAGGGAGAGCGUGCACCCAAGCUGGCUUGGCUGAGCCAGACUCUGAUUGCAUGGCUGGAUACAUCUGCCCGGUUGGUUCCUCUAGCCCUCAUGCUCCCAGCAAUGCUUGUCCGCCAGGAACAUUCAGCAACCGCUCUGACCUCUUUGAUAAAUCCCAGUGUGAAACCUGUCCAGAGCGAUUUGUAUGCACGAGAGGCUCAGGAGGGAAGCAGAAGCCCCCUGUCCCCUGCCCAGCUGGUCACUAUUGUCCACCAGGAACCAAGCACCCAACCCAGUACAAAUGUACCCCUGGCACAUGGAGCAACAAGACUGGGUUAGCUGCCGAAGACGAGUGUGUUCCAUGCCCAGCAGGAUGGUUCUGCAUGGCAGGGGCUCAUGGACCCUCUGGAAGCUGCAGUGCUGGUCACUUCUGCCCAGAAGGUACUCAGACAAGCACUCAGUUCCCUUGCCCAGAAGGGACCUUCAGCACCAGGCUUGGGAAUGGUAAGAUGGAUGACUGUGUCGCCUGCCCCAGAGGAGCUUACUGCCCAGAAGGAACUGCCAAACCAGUGCUCUGCCCACCGGGGACUUACCAUUCAGAACAAGGAGCAAAAUCAACUAGUGACUGCAUACCCUGCCCUGGAGGGUAUCACUGCCCUGAAUUGGGCACCAUAACUCCGUAUGCAUGUGGAGCUGGCCAAUUUUCAGACGCUGGAUCCACCUCUUGCUCACCCUGCCUCAUUGGGCAUUACUGUGCACACAUCAACACCAGCAGGGAGGUUAUGCUCCUUACGAUGGUCUGCCCAGCAGGUCUGCUUUGCCCUGAAGGAUUGACAGCUGCUCCAAAUGCUAGUGGCCAUGCCUGCCCAAGAGGUUACUAUUGCCCACGGGGUGAUGUUCACCCACCUGCCAGGCCGUGCCCUAAUGGGACUUACAGUGGCCAGAGGGGACUGGGCAGAGCUGACCAGUGCUUAAAGUGCCCCAAGGGCAAGUACUGCUACAGGGGAGGGCGAGAAUCCCAAGGAAUAUCCCAGCCCACUGGGACUUGUCCCCCUGGAUACGUCUGUCCUCUAGGAACUGGGUUCCCCUUCUCUUUCCCAUGCCUGCCAGGCUCCUACUGGGAUAAUUCCACUGUGGGGGGAGGAGAUGUAUGCAAACCGUGCCCAGCUGGAUUCUACUGUGACUCUGUUGCUGUGACCCAACCCAAAGUGUGCCCAUUGGGGUCUUUCUGUGUCAGUGGCCAAUCCCAGCCUGAGCCUUGUCCGGUGGGCACCUAUGGCAACAGGAAGGGGUUGGCAAGCCUGCAAGACUGCAGCCCGUGUAGAGCAGGUUUUUACUGCGGUGCUCCUGGACAGACAACCCCAAGUGGUCGGUGUGAGGCUGGUUUCUACUGCUGGAGUAGGGCAGUGUCACCACAGCCCACAGAUGGAGUCACGGGGAAUAUCUGCCCACCUGGGGCCUACUGCCUACCUGGAUCAUCCAUCACCACUCUCUGCCCUCCAGGAACCUACAGCAACACAAGUGGGUUGAAGCACCUGAAUCAGUGUUUGGAUUGUCCACCUGGGCUUUACUGUGAUGGGACAAACCCUCAAGCUCCAACGGGGCCUUGCAAACCCGGCUACUUCUGCCCUGGUGCUGCUAAAACAGCCACCCAGAUGAUGGCAAAGGAAGGUCACUACACCCUGGAAGGGGCUAUCCAGCCAGAGCCCUGUCCUCCUGGAAGUUUUCAGCCGAGUCUAGCCCAGUCUUCUUGCAGGGAAUGUCCUGCGGGGAUGUUUUGCAAUCACUCUGGCCUGGUGAAGCCCUUGACUUGUCCCAAAGGAUAUUACUGCCCAGCUCGGAGUACGCUGCCUGUUCCUUGCCCAACGGGUACCUACUCAAACAUCUUGGGUGGCACCGGAAUGAGCACCUGCAAGCCAUGUCCAGCAGGCAUGUACUGCAGCAAAUCUGGCUUGGCAGUGCCUGAAGGACCCUGCCAGCCAGGAUAUUACUGUCUCCAAGGAUCCAGUAGUGCCUCCCCGGCUGGCCUCCCCUUUGGUGGCCCUUGUCCUGCAGGGCAUUACUGUCCAGCUGGCACAAAGCAAUUCAGGGAAAUGCCCUGCCCGGUGGGGACAUGGAAUGAGCAGAAAGGAGGCCGGGAUGCCAGCUGGUGCCUGCCUUGCCCACCAGGGUUUUUCUGCAGCAGUCCAGGCCGUGUUUCCCCAACAGGUCCAUGUGCUCCAGGUUUCUAUUGCAGGGGUGGGACUCGAACUUCCAGGCCAGCAGACAGGGCAACUGGAGACCUGUGCCCCGAAAACCACUUCUGCCCUGCAGGCUCCUCAAUGCCAUCUCCAUGCCGAGAUGGGGAAUACAGCCCAAUAACAGGUCUGGAGGAGUGCUUCCCAUGCCCAGCUGGCCUUUAUUGUAAAAAUGGCGUAAGGUUCCUCUGUCCACCUGGGUUCUACUGCCCACCAAAGACUGGAGCCUCUCCUCAUCCAUGCCCACCUGGGACUUACAACCCAUCUUCUGGUAGUGACCGAGCAGAGAGGUGCCAGCUGUGUCCUGCAGGGAUGUUUUGUGGUGAAUGGGGAUUGCCUGCUCCCUCUGGCCCCUGCCUGCCAGGCUUCUUCUGCAGUUCAGGUUCCAGUAGCCCAAACCCAGAUGGAACUCCUCCCAUGAGUGCUGGAGGCCCUUGCCCAGCUGGACACUUUUGCCCAGCUGGAACCAAGUACCCUCUGGCAUGCCCUGCAGGCACCUUCUCGGACAGGCUGUACCUCUCCCUUGAGUCCAGCUGCACAAUAUGUCCACCUGGCCGCUACUGCCUCUCUGCUGGACUCACAGCCCCUUCUGGGCCCUGCUCUGCUGGCUACUACUGCCUUCCCGGGGCCAUCUCUCCUUCCCCCACAGGGAUUUCAGAUCAGGGAGGCCCUUGCCCCAUGGGCCAUUUUUGUCCAGAUGGGACCAGCCAGCCACUUCCUUGUGUUGCGGGAACUUACAAUAAUCUCACUGGGCAAGCGAGCUGCUUCUCAUGCCCAGCUGGUUACUUCUGCCCUGAAAAUACCACCGACUACAGUCAGUUCCCAUGCCCACCUGGCUUCUACUGUCCUGAAGGAACCAAGUUUGCGACUAAGUUUCCCUGCCCUCGAGGUUAUUACAACCCAGAUCCCAUGACCCAAAGUUUGGACAGCUGCUUGCCUUGUCUCCCGGGGCAUUACUGCGGGAAGGAAAACUUAACCACGGUGUCCGGGAAGUGUGAUGCAGGUUGGUUCUGCAUUUCAGCUGCCUGGACCCCCCAGCCCUUUGACCUGGAUAACUACACCAAUGGCAACUGCCUUUGCCCAGCCACUGCGACAGGAGCAAAGUGUUCCCCUGGGUCCUACUGCCCAGAAGGCAGUCCUGAGCCCAUUCUCUGCCCUCCAGGCUUUUAUUGCAAUGCACCUGGUCUGUCUGCUCCAAGUGGGGAAUGCGCUGCUGGAUUUUAUUGUACAGGUGGAGCCUCUUCUCCCAAGCCACUGGAUGAAAUUACAGGCAACAUCUGCCCUCAAGGCACCUACUGCCCUGUUGGGUCUUCAGCACCCACCCUCUGCCCGACUGGCACCUUCUCCAAUCAGCUAGGGCAAAGUAUGCUUUCAGAGUGCCAGCUCUGUCCCUCUGGGUUUUACUGUGAAGGAUCCGGACUGAAGGCCCCCACCGGAGAAUGCUGGGAAGGCUAUUACUGUGACAAUCACCAGGGUCCUCUCAGUGACUUCACUGUCUACCCUUGUCCACGUGGCUAUUACUGCCCACCAGGCACACAGCAAUCUACACAGUACAGCUGCCCUGCAGGGACGUUUGGACCCAGACAGAGGCUAAAGAAGAUCCAGGAAUGUCAAAACUGCCCACCAGGGAAAUUUUGCUCAUCUCCUGGGCUAGCAGCUCCAACAGGGGAUUGCUCUGCAGGAUUUUUGUGCAAGGAGGGUGCUCGGACUCCGAACCCAACUGACGGAGUGUCUGGACUUCCCUGCCCGCGUGGACAUUACUGCCUCUCAGGAACUCUUGUUCCAUCUGCCUGCCCACGUGGAACCUGGUCGGGUGAGGAAGGGAAUCAAAACCUCCAGAGUUGUCAGGCUUGCCCUGGAGGGAAUUACUGCAAUGGCACAGGCCUCGUGGCCCCUUCGGGACGGUGUGCAGUGGGGUUUUAUUGUGUCACAGGGUCUAUCACACCGACACCCACGGAUGGGAUCUCAGGUGCUCCCUGUCCCAUGGGCCACUUCUGCCCCUUGGGCAGUGAAAGCCCGACACCUUGCCCACCUGGCUCCUACAUGGCUGAAACACAUGCGCAAGGAUGGUGCCACACCUGCCCAGAGGGGAAGUAUUGUCUCCCUGGCCACUUGCCACAGCUGUGUCCCAAAGGCUUUUUCUGCCCUGAAGGAACAGGCUUAAACUGGCAGCCGUGCCCCCCAGGGACCUACAGCCCUAUCCAAGGGAUAGGUAGUCAUACUGACUGCAGAGCAUGCGAUGGAGGAAAGUUCUGCAUGUACCACAAUGCAACCGAUGUUACAGGACACUGCUGGGAAGGGUAUUACUGCACCCAGGGUUCAGACCGGCCCAAUCCUGAGGUUCAGCUCAAUGAUCACAGUGCUGGCCCAUGUCCUUCUGGUCACUACUGUCCAAGGGGCACAGCUGUUCCCAAGCAGUGCCCUGUGGGAACAUUUGCCACUAGCACCAAACUAAUAUCUGAGACGGAGUGCUCUGCCUGCCUGCCGGGCCACUACUGCAACACUCCUGGUCUGACAGCACCGACAGGAUUGUGUGAAGAAGGAUACUACUGCAUUCUGGGCUCCACAGUCCCCAACAUACCAGCCAUGGAUGAGACUGGAGGCCCAUGUCCCAGAGGGUAUUUUUGCCCUCAGGGCACAGCCAAUCCUUUGCCUUGCCCGGAAGGGUCGUAUAAUCCUUUACAGAGGCAAGCCACCUGCCUCCCCUGCCCUAGCGGGUACUUCUGUCCCAAGAAUUCCUCCUCUUUGGAUGGGAAGAAAUGUCGAGUUGGCCACUACUGUUCUAUAGGCACUGUCUCAGAAACCCAGUUCCCAUGUCCCCAAGGGACUUACAAUGCAAACACAGGAAGCAGCGAUCCAUCUGUCUGCAUAGCAUGUGAUCCAGGCCAUUACUGUGCCCUGACGGGUCAGUCUCGUGUCACAGGUCCUUGCUUGGUGGGGUACUUCUGCACCACUGGGGCUACCACCCCAACACCUACAAAUGGUCUGGCUGGAAAUGUAUGCCCAAAGGGGCAUUACUGCCCAGAAGGAUCUGCCUUGCCCCAGCCCUGUCCUCAUGGUUUCUACAGUAACUCUACAGGAAACAUCAAGACUGAAGACUGUCUUCUGUGUCGUGCAGGAUAUUUCUGUGAUGGGACAGGGCUUGCCUCCCCUUCUGGUCUCUGCCAUGCUGGGUUCUACUGCAGUGGAGGAGCUGUUUCUCCAAGACCUCAGCUGGUAACAAGCGGAGGAGGGCAAUGCCCACCUGGUCAUUACUGUGUCUCAGGGAGUGGAAGACCACAGCUAUGCCCAGCGGGAAGCUACAGCCCCUUCUGGGGAAUGGCCCAAUGUCUGGAAUGCCCAGAAGGUGUUUACUGUGAUGUUGGUUCAGCUAAUUACACCAACUGCCCAGUCGGGUACUACUGCCCACGUGGUACAAAGUUUGCCACUCAGUUCCCUUGUCCAAGGGGGACCUACAGUGAGAUUCUUAACAUCAAGACCAUCUUGGAUUGCCAGCUAUGCCCUCCUGGAAAGUUUUGCUCCAAGCCGGGCUUGGUAAGCCCAGAUGGCAUUUGCAUGCCCGGAUGGUACUGCCCUCCUGGGUCAACUCCAGGCAAGCCGGUAUCCCCAGGAAACAACACUGGAUCCACUGUCCAAGCUUUAAUUCAAAUAUGUCCUGCUGGAGCAUUCUGUCCGGAGGGAUCUCCUGUUCCCAUCCCUUGCACUCCAGGUUUUUACUGUGCCUCUUCAGAAUUGGCUGCGCCUUCAGGCCCUUGUGAUGCCGGCUUCUACUGCACUGGGGGCUCCACCAUCCCUAACCCAAUAGAUGGGGCAGUGGGAGAUAUUUGUCCUGGAGGCCAUGUCUGCCCACAGGGAAGCUCUUCUCCCAUUCCAUGUCUCUCAGGCUCCUUUCUGGGUGACCAAGGUGGUGAGUGCCUGCAAGACUGCCGUCUUUGUGUGGCUGGCUGGUUCUGUUCCCUCCGAGGUCAAACUUCCCCAGAGGGCUUGUGCAUGGCAGGCUGGUUCUGCCCAGAAGGAUCAGUAUCUGCCCAGAAUCCAGACUACCUCUGUCCUCUUGGUCACUAUUGCCCCAUGGGCAGCCCACAGCCCAAACCCUGCCCCCCUGGAAAAUACCAGGAUGAAACUGGUCAAAGCUUGUGCAAAGUCUGCCCAGCAGGAAAGUUCUGUGAUCCUGAUUUCCAAGCACAGGAUUCCCAAAACACCUCUCUGCGGGGAGUGGUCAAGCCAUUGGACUGCCUGCCUGGGUACUACUGUCUCUCUGGGACGGAAACUGCCAAGCAAUUCCCAUGCCCCAAUGGCACCUUCAGUAACCAGACAGGCCUGAGCAGCUACAAUGAAUGCACGCCCUGUCCUGGAGGCCAAUUCUGUGCAAACCCAGGUCUUGUUACCCCAAGUGGUCCUUGCUUGCCUGGGUAUUACUGCGCCCUGAAAGCACGAGUACCAAACCCUGUUCACGAUGAAAGUGGAGACAUGUGCCCCGCAGGGCAUUUCUGCCCCUUGGGUAGCAGCAGCCCAACGCCAUGCCCGAUUGGGACUUUUCUAACCCAACCUGGGAUGUUGUCCCUCAAUGCCUGCUUGCCCUGCCCUGGAGGAAGCUUCUGCCAAGGAGAAGGUCUGGCCAGCGUUUCUGGGAUAUGUCACCUCGGCUACUACUGUGAUUUGCUAUCCACGCAUCCUGACCAGAAACUCUGCCCCCAAGGAUUCUACUGCCCCAAAGGCACAGGGGCCCCAAUUCCAUGCCCUGCAGGAAGCAUCAAUCCCCACAGUGGGAAAUGGGAUCCCACAGACUGCAAGCUCUGUCCAGCGGGGCAUUUCUGCAGUGGGCUGGGAAAGGCUGCCCCAGAAGGGAUGUGCAUGCCCGGAUACUAUUGCCCCCCAGGACAGACCUCUGCCACACCUGCUUCCCAUCGGUGCCGACGUGGAUUUUACUGCCUUCAAGGAUCUGUGGCUCCAGCAGCUUGCCAGAAAGGAACCUAUCAAUUGGAGGAAGGGAAGGAGUCAUGUGAUCUCUGCCCAGCUGGAUUCUUCUGUGAAUCAUCCAACCAAACUGCUGCUAUCCAGGCCCCCAAGCCAUGCCCUCUGGGGCAUUUUUGCCCCCCUGGCACUACAUCUGGCACAGAACACCCAUGCCCCAGAGGCACAAAUGGGCCCAAGGCUGGUGCUGCUGAGGAAUCUGACUGUCAGCCCUGCCCAGCAGGAAUGUACUGCUCUUCUCCUGGGCUGUCCCAACCGACUGGUCUUUGUCAUCAAGGCUACUAUUGCACCAGGGGAGCAGUCAGCCCUGCUCCCAUGAGACAGAGGGUGGAUUCUGCCAGCUUCCUCCUAACCGGGAAUGACAUCUGUCCUCCUGGGCAUUUCUGCCCCAAUGGGACUGGAUAUCCCGUUCCUUGCCCACCUGGCUCCUUUUCUGCUUCUCUGGGUCUGAAAGCAGAGAGUGAGUGCCAGCCUUGCCCAGCUGGACUCUACUGCAGCCAAUCAGGGAUGUCUGAUCUGUCCCAGAUGGCGCCAUGUAAUGAAGGGUGUGUUUGCCUUGAGGGAAAUGCUGCUCCCUGCCCCAGCGAUGGGAUUCAUGGGUACAGAUGCCCUAGAGGAUUCUGUUGCCCUGAGGGUGCCAUUCUGGAAGUUCCUUGUGAGCCUGGCAUGUUUAGCCCCAUGGUCGGGGCCAGCUUCUGCCUUCCUUGCCCAGCGGGUACAGCUUGUCGUUAUGCUGCUACUGUGGAGCCACUCAGCUGCCCCAGAGGUUACUACUGUCCAGCCCAGACAGCCAUCCCUUUGCCAUGUCCUGCUGGGACCCUGAACACCCUGGAGGGGGCGCUCUCAUCCAAUGCCUGCAAACCAUGCCCAGUUGGGAGGUACUGCAGUGGAAAUGCUAACUGGGAACCUGAUGGUCUGUGCUCCUCUGGGUAUUACUGUUCAGGGGGAGCCUCUGAUGCUGUCCCACAAAGCACACCUGAAUUUCCUCUUAAUGGGCCCUGCCCACGGGGGCACUAUUGUCCAGAAGGCACUUGGUUCCCUGUUCCCUGUCCAGUGGGCACUCUGAAUAAUGUUACAGGAGGUUCCUCUCCAGACUGCUGUGUCCCAUGCUAUCCAGGAUUCUUCUGUGCUGGAGUGGGUUUAAGUUCACCUACUGGACCGUGUGCUGCUGGUUUCUACUGCCCGGCAAACUUCAGCUCAUUCAGCCCAACAGCAUUUCUCUGCCCUGAGGGGCAUUUCUGCCAGUCUGGGGCUGCCUAUCCAGCCCCUUGCCUCAUCGGUGAAUACCAACCAAACCGGGGCUCAGAACGCUGCCUCCCCUGCCAAGCAGGCUUCUACUGCCAUGAGGCUGCCACAGGGAAGCCGAGACGCUGUCCGCCACAUUCAUAUUGUCCUGAAGGUACUUUGUUUCCUUAUCCAUGUCCCGAUGGCACGUUUACUCCUGUGGAUAUGUCUGGCCUUCAGGAGGAGAGAGGAUGUCUUCCCUGUCCUGUGGGUCACUUCUGCAGGAGAGGACGAGUGGAGGGGAGAUGUGCUGCCGGAUUCUUUUGCCAAGAAGGGAGCUCAGAUGCCACCCCACAGGGCCAUAACUUCACCUGGAGCCCCCUGGCAGACUGUCUCUGGGGGCAGGUGUGUGCAGGACCCUGCCCAGCAGGAUUCUACUGCCCAGAAGGCUCAGAGGCACCCAUUCCUUGUCCAGAUGACACUAUUGGCUCUGCCCCAGGUGCAAGACAAAGAGAAAACUGCCUCCCCUGCCCACCAGGCCGCUGGUGUAAAGAAGGGGAUCCAGUAGCCCACCCAUGUCCUUAUGGGUACGACUGCCAUGGAAUGAAUCACACCACCCCCGGCGGACCCCGGGCCCUCCCGCAGUGCCCCAGGCAGGCUUUCCGAACAGAAAUGGGGACUGAGAACCCUAUCGAUUGCCAGCCCUGCUCAUCAGACCAUCUGUGUGCGGCCACAGGAGCUGCUGCUUUUAGAGACUAUCCCUGUGCUCCUGGCCACUGGUGCCCAGGAAGAAGAGAAGCUUUCCUUUGCCCACCUGGCACCUUUAGGACCCAGCCUGGUGCUACAUCUUUGGAGGACUGUAACACCUGCCCUUCUGGGUUUUAUUGCCCAGACCCAGCCAGGUCGGGGGUACCAAACAUCCAGGGCAUACCUUGCGAACCAGGCUUUGAAUGCCCACCAGGUUCACCUAGUCCUCAGAUAUGCAGGCCUGGCUCUUACUGCGGACCCCGCACAGGGGUUCCUCCCCUGUGUCCAGUUGGGUAUUACUGUCCAGAAGGGUCAUCCACAUACAACAUUCCGGGGCAGCUGUGUGUCUAUCCCCACUACUGCCCUCUUGGCAGUGCUCAUCCACUCCUGUGCCAAUCUGGUUACACAGCACUGAACACGACAGGCCUGAGAGACUCCUUUGAGAAGAGCUGCAGGGCAUGCGCUGCUGGAACCUAUGGUGGCAACCUGGACACCAUUCCACCCUGCCGGCCCUGCCCGCCGGGAUUCAGCUGCCCUGAAGGUACUGCAAGUUACCUCCAGCAUCCUUGCCCCCAGGGGUAUUAUUGCCCAGACCUGACCUCUUCCCCCAAGCCGUGUCCUCCUGGUACUUACGGGAACAACAGCCUAGCCAAGCGGCUGGAGGAAUGCCACCCCUGCCCCGCUGGCUCUUUCAAUCACCUCCCAGCUCAAACCGGGUGUUUUCCUUGCGGCAGUUCAUCAACAUCCAAUCCAGGUGCUACCAGCUGUACCUGCCAUGGUCUGAAUCGGGCUUUCCAGGAGUCUGAUGGCUCUUGCAUUUGCCAGGUGGGAUACCUUUACUUUGACGAGAGAGGGAAGAAAACACCUGACAGCAACAGCGACCAGGACUGCCAGCCCCAGGUGGAGGAACGCUGCGCUCCUUGGGAGGUCCGCUUAGCAUCCACCCGCAAAUGUGUGUCCCCUGAGUACUAUAACUGCUCUCUGGUCUGUGGUCCAGCAAGUGGUGAGCUCCAUGCUGAACUUGGCAUGUGCCACUGUGAGCAGUACAUCUCCGCUGAAGAGCUGUGUGAUCGGCUAUGCCUCUUGAGAGCUCCACAGAUUUCCCUGAGAUUUGGUCCAGAGAGGGAGCUGCUUCUGAGUGUUGACGGGACUCAAGAAAGAGAGCUACCAAAUACCUUGGGACCUGAUGAACAUGUGCAGAAAAGCCAGCAGGUGCAUUUGGCUCUCUUUGGUCCCAGUGGAGUUUUUGGCUUCCUGCUUUCCAGCCCAGACAUGCUGGACACUUUCCUGGCAGCUCCUCCCUUUUACAUCAACUUUUCCAAUCCAGGAGAUUCAGAGAUGCCUCCCCCGCGGCAGAGACGUCGGCGGGAGGGAGAGGCUGCACAAUCCCAACAUGCUCCGCUCUUACCCACAAUUCCAAACCCUGUUGCAUGUCUGGCUGUUGGGGAUGCCAUCCUUUUCCAGCUCAGCAUCAAUCCCUAUGACCGCCUCACUAGUCACUACCCUGUCUAUCAAAAGCAGCACCUCUACAACAGCAACCCCCACUGGGAUUUUGGUGCAUUCAGAAGGCUGGACCACCUCAUUCGAGAAACUCAUCUCAACAUCUCCAGAUUCUCCCAUGUGUUCCUUGAGCCUGGGACGUACGUCUUCCGGGAUAAUGCCAUCGAAGAUCGGGUGCUGAUUGUGGUGGUGAAUGAGGAGACUAUGAGCUGCAACCCCCUUGCAGCUCCCUUCCAGCCCUCAUCUCCAUUCCAGCUGGCUCGGCAAGGGGUCCUGAAGCGCCAGGUGCUGAAUGUCGCCCCAGACUGGGCAGCUAUUGCAGCUGUGCUUUUCAUCCUGGGGUUCCUCACUGUGGUGUUGACAGCCUUAGUUGUUCUCCUGAGGCAUCCCAGCUCCUCUCCAAGCCCAAUGAAGAGCUGGAAGCCACGAUGGAGGAGCUUGGGAGAGCCACACAUCCCCCCGGAGUAUGUGCUCAUUAAAGAGAGCAUCCAGUUCUAUGAAGUUCUUGGCUCCCAGGGAUCUGGGGAAGAACCUGAUGCAGGAGAGGGAACUUUCCCAGGAUUAGGCGACCAGUUUGCAACAAAAGACCUGGAAGAUUUCAGCGUCCGCACUUUGUAUGACAAGCUGGAGGACCAGAACCUUCACCUGGCAUCGCAGCUAGCAAAACACCGGGCAGACGUCCUGGCCUUCUACCGAGGCAUCAGCCAGAAGAUCCAGAGUCUUUUGGAUCUGGUACAGACACUGGACAUGGAUGCAUUGAAGGGCAUGGAAAGGUCCACAGUCACCAGGGAUAGAGCCCAGGUCACCUUCAGUUCUGCCAAGGAGACCCAAGAAAGUGAGAGCUCCUCCAUCAAGCUUUCUGGAGUCUUGCAAGCAAUGGGCUACUCAGGUUCUGAGUGGCAGGAGGCAACAGAGUUAAUGAAAGUCCUGGGGAUUUUGCUGCGGAAAAUCCAUUUUGGGAAGGUGACAGCAAAGCCAGAAGGGGCACAGGGGCACAAUGGAGCUGGUGGAUCUGGCCUGGCUAUCCGAGAGCAAGCUGGAACUCAGCAAAGAUGCCCGGGUACUAGCUCCCUGACACAGCGUGUGCUCUCCGGUGGGAAACGGGCCUCCCUUAGCUCUCGUGGCUGUGAAGACCAAGGGUUGGACCUGCAGCCUCGCAAGAGCAGCAUGCUUGCUUGUGUAAGCGAGCUGGAAGUAGAGGCCCUGAUGGCGACGUCCCCCCUUGCCAAGACCCUGGGCGAGAUCAAGCAGUUUUUGGAGACAUCCCAGCAGCCUCCACGCUCGCCUCCUUCUCCAGGAGAAAACAUAGAUAAUGGCCACCUUUCUUCAGGACCUUGUGUCGAUGCUGUGGUCCCCACUGAUCUCACCAGCCUUUCACCUCGCCAUUUUGUGGUUUACCGCUUUGCCUGCACUGUCACACGCCUUCUGGGAAGAGCCUUCUCUUUGCCAGCGCUGGUUCUCCUCUUGGCUCAAGCAGUACCCAAGCAAGGCCCUACGGAGGUUCAGUUUGCCAGAGAUUCCUACUAUGAUGCCACCAACAGGUUCCUGUAUAUACUUUCAUCACACCUGGAGAGUGCUGGGGGUUUUGUGACGGUGCUGCUGAAUGCCAUGGCACACAUCAAAGCAGGCUCUAAGAAAGCUAUUCCUCCAAACGUUGGCUUUUGGAAAGAGCUCAACACAGCAGUGGCUGCCCUAGCUGAUGCCUUUUUCCAGUGUUCCUGGGGAGCAGAAGAGACAGCAGGGAAGAAUCCAAUGAAAAAUUGCUCGCCUGUUUGUUUAGCUGCUCGGUCGAUUUUUGAAGAACUGCUGAGUCUCCGAAUGUUGCCUGACUCUCGUUUCCUUGAGCAACACCCACAGGAAAGAUUGCAAGAUUACAGAAGUUUCCUGCUGCAAGCAGAGCUUCAAAAUAUAAUGGAAACUUCAGGGCAACUUGAGGAAAGAACACGCAGCAGUGAGAGGAAGACUUGGGCAGAUGAUUCCUCUGACCUUCAGGUGAAGAUUGAAGAGCUGGAAGAGAUGCUGGAUGGCUUGAAUGAGGACUUCUUCCAGCUGACAGUGCAGGCCUUAACAAUCCAAGAAGAAGAGGAACAUCUGGACCGUGAACUCAGAGCACAAGAGGAGUCACCCUCAUUUGCAUUUCAAAUGAAUAUAGGCAAUAACUUUUUCAAAGGAGAAGGGAAGCCAAAAACAAGGUUUGAUCAUUGCAGGUGUCAAAAAUGAACAGAAGGAAAGGUGGUUAGUUCUGGCUCAAUAUGACUUUGCAUGAAAGAGAAGGUAUGUAUGGAAUGUGUUCACACAGAGGAAGUUUGAGAAAUGGCAGUUUUGUUUACAGUAUCACAAAAUGACAGUUCUGAAUUAAUCUGAUACACACCCAGAGAGUUAGGUGGACAUCUGAAAGGUUGCAGAAUCCAUAACUGCUAAUCUGACGGAUGCAAUUGAAAAAUACGUGCAUUAUGUUGUAAAGUCGAGCAAAAUGUUAAUUUCCAUGGGAGAUAAAAAUGCAAAUAUGAUAAUGCCACAUUUGAGAAAUGUUUGUUAGGUAGCUUACCUGAAAAUCAUCAUGUAAAUAUUCAAAAUGUGAGAGGAAUCAGGAUUGGGGUUGUGCCUCAUGCUUCAUGUUCCCAGUGGGAAAAUAAAUUCUGUUUGAUCCUGUAACAAAUAUCACAAAUAGUCACUAUGAGCAUCUAUAACAGCCGAACCACCUGACAAAGGAGACACUACUUGGAGAGCAUUCAGAUGUGGGGAUUAUUGUGUUACUUUGCCUGAUUAUAAUGCUAGCGCCUCAGAUUCUAUCCCAGAUUCUAAUGUUCAUUCCUUUUACACUGCAUUACCCAUUGUGUUGCAGAACUGUGGCUUUUUUAUUGCUAUACUGCCUUGUCACAUUAAAUUUUCAAUGACGGGAAAAGAGCUGUGUGCUGGAAUACCUCACA